CGCCGGAGAGACCGCCGUGAGCUGCUGUUGCCCCGAGUGGCGAAAAGAUGGCGGUCCUGGCCCCUUUGAUUGCACUGCUGUACUCCGUGCCUCGGAUGUCACGAUGGUUGGCCCAACCUUACUACCUCCUGUCAGCCCUUCUCUCUGCCUCUUUCUUACUCGUGAGAAAGCUGCCGCCGCUCUGCAACGGUCUUCCCACGCAACGCGAAGACGGCAAUUCCUGUGACUUUGACUGGAGGGAAAUCGAGAUCCUGAUGUUUCUCAGUGCCAUAGUGAUGAUGAAGAACCGUAGAGCCAUUACGGUGGAGCAACACAUAGGCAACAUCUUCAUGUUCAGCAAAGUGGCCAACGUGCUUCUUUUCUUCCGCCUGGAUAUUCGCAUGGGUCUGCUUUACAUCACGCUCUGCAUAGUGUUCUUGAUGACGUGCAAACCACCCUUGUACAUGGGCCCUGAGUACAUCAAGUACUUCAACGAUAAAACCAUUGAUGAGGAGCUGGAGCGCGAUAAGAGGGUCACUUGGAUUGUGGAAUUCUUUGCCAAUUGGUCGAAUGACUGCCAAUCAUUUGCUCCUAUCUAUGCUGACCUCUCCCUCAAGUACAACUGUAAGGGGCUAAAUUUCGGGAAGGUGGAUGUUGGCCGAUAUACUGAUGUUAGUGUACGGUACAAGGUGAACACUUCACCCCUCACCAAGCAGCUCCCCACCCUGAUCCUGUUCCAAGGUGGCAAGGAGGUCAUGCGGCGGCCACAGAUUGACAAGAAAGGACGAGCUGUCUCUUGGACUUUCUCUGAGGAAAACGUAAUCCGAGAAUUCAGCUUGAAUGAGUUGUACCAGCGGGCCAAGAAACUGUCAAAGACGAGAGACCGUAUCCCUGAGAAGCAGCCUGAGGCCCCAGCUCCCACCACAGUGCCUGAUGGGGAAAGCAAGAAGGACAAAUAG